AUAUGUACUUUUUCAACAGACAAAUUAUUGACUGGAAAAUGGCCCAGAGAAGCCCUAUCUUCCCAACUCUUGCUCAUUCUGAAAGACGGGUUCGAAACAUAGCCCUGCACAGCCAGGCGCUGACGGCAGUGCCGCUGGCGUCCGCGAGCCUUGUGGACCAGCUCGAGGACCGCAUCCUGAGCCAUGAGAAGACCACGGCGGCGCUGGUGGAGCACGCCUUCCGCAUCAAGGAGGACAUCGUCUCCACACUGCACAGGAUGCAGAACAAGGGCGGCGGUGACCGCCUGGCGCGGCAGCUCCUGGAGGAGCACAUCCGCAACAUCACGGCCAUAGUGCGGCAGCUCAACCGGGACAUCGAGAUGCUGCAAGAACAGAUACGUGUCAGAGAUAAUCUCAGCUACGGAACAAAUUCUACCCUAAAGAGUCUGGAAAUGCGGCAGCUUUCUGGCCUUGGAGAUCUUCGGGGAAGAGUUGCAAGGUGUGAUGCCGGGCUAGCCAGACUGUCUGCAGAGCAUAAGAUUACAUACGAGAGACUUCAGAGCCUAAGUAAAGAUCAACACACCUCUAAACUGAUCCUAGAAUCCAAAGUCAAAGAGGCAGAGAUACAGAUCUCGCACCUGCUGAGCCGCGUGGAGCAGGCGGCCAUGCAGCAGGAGACGAGGCUGAAGCUCGCCUACAAAGAGAGCGGCCAGCAGCUCCACCAGCUGGACACCAAAUUAAAAAAUGCUAUUGAGGAACUCAGCAGCCAGAUUUUAUCUGCACGUAGCUGGCUGGAACAGGAACAUGAGAAGAUAGAGAAAGAGCUUGUACAAAAAAUUGACCAGUUCUCACUGACUGUUAAGGAAAACACUGAAAUGAGUGAAAGGGCUAUAGAAAUGAAAUUCAACCAAAUGUCAGAGAAAAUUGAUAAAAUAGAAGAACUACAAAAGAUAACCAUGGAAGCACAUGAAGCAAAACAGACCGAAGAAAAGAUAAAUGUCCGUAUCAGCAAACUUCAAAGUGAGAUUAAUGAAGACAUAAAAGAAAUGAAAGCUGAAGUCAAUGCUGGAUUUGCAGCUAUCUAUGAAAGCAUUGGGUCUCUACGACAAGUUCUAGAAGCAAAAAUGAAGCUUGACAAAGACGAACUCCAGAAGCAGAUCCACCAGGUGAAACAGGAGCUUCCAGCAUGGGCAGAGGCUGGGCCGUGAYGGCCGGCCGGUUGUAUCUGAGAGCAGCUUGUUUAAUGUCUAAAUAACCAGGCUACAACCUUGUUCCAGUGUGUAGCCUGGCUGAAAUGCAUGUACCAAAUGACAUGCUGCUGCCYCCAGGUCUGUGUGUUGCUCUAGGUGACAAACGCAAGCUUCCAGAAGACCAACUGACAAGAGCCUUGGUGGCCCUCGGGUGCUGCUCUGCCACUGCACUACUCCUGCCGGRUUCUGGACAUCUGCAGCUGUGUGAAAUGGAGUAAUCUAUUGGUGAAGCUGGCACCUAAUUUGCUGAAGGUGUUAUCAGUGGUCCCCAGUUCUGUAGGCUUCAUUGGGCAGUUAUAUGCUUAUAUAUAUAAGCAUCUGCACUCUCACUGGUAUUUCUUUCUUUUUAAGAACAAGUUGGUAUCGCUUGUUUAGGAUCAGGUUGGCAAGGUGCUCCGUCUCAACAUGGAUUACUUUGAGGUCCUCGAGGUCAAUGGACAUUUUUACAGUGACUUUCUACCCUGACUUCCUGCGAAACAGAAUUGGCACUGACCAGACCCCUUCUCAAAACCUAGAAACCCUUAGAAAACCUUCGUUUAGUUUUACAACUAUCCUGUGUGUGCGCGUGUGUGUGUGUGAACUAAAUAGUGUUAUAUAAUGUAGU